AUGGCUGCGCUUCCUGCUUGGAACCUUCUCAAGGGAAAAACUGCGGCAAUCACUGGCGGUACUACUGGAAUCGGUCGCGCAAUUGUUCUGGCAUAUAUCACCCAAGGAUGUAAUGUCGCAGUCAACCACUUAGGAAUGCCCCAAGAUGAAAGGCAUCGGCACAGUCUUCUUGAGGAGGUCAAAGCGAUCAAGAACAAGGGCAUCAAUACCGGCGAAAUAUUUGAACUAUCUGGCGACGUGACAAACCAUAAGACUGGCUCCAGCUUGGUCAAAGAAGCUGUCUCUAAAUGGGGCAAGUUGGACAUUUUUGUUGCCAAUGCGGGUGUCUUCAAACAAGCAGAGUUUCUCAAGAUCGAGCCAGCCCUUCUUGAUCACAGUGUUGAUGUAAAUGUAAAAGGUUGCUUCUAUUCUUGCCAAGCUGCCGCUCGCCAGAUGGUGAAGCAAGGGCAUGGCGGUUCGAUUAUCGGCAUUUCCUCUGUCAGCGCCCUAGUUGGUGGUGGCUUGCAAACACAUUAUACACCUACAAAAGCUGCCAUUCUAUCAAUGAUGCAAUCUAUGGCGAUAUCUCUAGGAAAUUAUCAGAUCCGAUGCAAUGCAUUGAUGCCUGGUACCAUUGCCACCCAGCUGGCCGAUCAUGAUAUGAAGAAUCCCACUAAAAAAGCCGCACUUGAGGCGCGCAUUCCACUCGGUCGUAUCGGCAACCCCGAGGACAUGGCAGGCCCUGCAGUUUUCCUGGCCUGUGAAGAGAUGAGCCGUUAUGUGGAUGCUACUGGACUAUUGGCUGACGGUGGGAUGUUCAGUAACCUGCAGUGA